UCUAUAAGAAACCCGAAUAAGUGCAUUCGAUUUCUUUAAAUAUAUAUAAAUAUAUCUUUUACUUUUCUGAUGUCGAAUUCGUCAGAAAGCAUUUAUAACCUCAUUCCCCGUGAAGAGGUUAAAACAGAGAAACCACCGAGAUACAUGUCAAAGUUUAGGGAGCAGGUAAAUCAAGAAAAAGAGCUGAAUAGGGCCAAGAGCAAGACCAUGGGGCCGGCUAAGGUGGAUGUUCCGUCCCCUGAGAAGUACCUGCUGAAACACUCCAAGGAGCCCAGGUUGCCUGAGAGAAAACUCUUUGCCUACAAGGACAAUGGCAAGGAAAAAAAACCUCAAGUCCCCAAGAAGACGGACAAGCCCCUGAUGGGCAUUCACACGCAGAAGAACUUCAUCAAGAACAAUGCCAUGGAAACCAUCACAGCGGCACCAAAGAAACCGCAGGCGAUCAGCGUCGACACCGAGAACGGAGAUAAGCAGCUUCUGGAAUCAUCUGGCCUCGUCCCAAAAUAUGUGAAGAAAAAAGACUACGGACAGGCCCCCGAGUACUUGCAGCAGCGCAGGGACGAGGUGAGAAGGGCCCAGCAGGCGUACGAUGACUACAUCAGAGAGCGGCUGCGAGAGGGGGCCAUGAAGCAGGUGUCAGAGGAAGAGCGGCAAGCGGUCCUCCAGGGCCUGAAGAUGAACUGGGAGGAACUGCAUCGCCAGUAUCAAGGCCUGUCCGUCGUCACGGACACCGUCCUCAAGAAGCAGCGCAAGGAACGUCUGGAACGGGAGAUGAAACAGCUGGAGAAGGACAUGGAGCUGGUGGAGAAGAACAAGAUCAUAUAUGUCGCAAAGAGCUGAAGGGAGAAAGAGUUGAAGGGAGAGGACGGCACCUUCACACACCUCCCGACACAGGAAUGCUCUCACACUCUGAAAUUAAUAACCGCAAUAUACUUCCAAAUGCAUUUUUUAAUGAAGUGAAGUGUAUUUCACUUUAGACUUUACUAAAAAUUAAAUGCAGUUAGUUUUAUAUAAGUUACUUCUAACUUUUAUUGGAGCAUAUUCUCGGAGGGCAAUGUACUUUUAAAGUUGACUAGUGUGGUUAAUGUUUCCUGCACAUAUUUUCUUGUAAAAAAAAAGAGUUGUGUUAAUAUCUGAAUAGCCAUGAGGUCAUGGAAGAUGUGUGACUGUAAUUCGAUCGUUAACGGUGGAUAUCACUUAAAAUUCAAUGAGCAGUAGCUUAAUAAUUUAAACACAGUGAAGGCAUGCACGGAGUUGCCGAUAAAUACAGUAUAUGUCAGACAUCUGUGGCGCUACACUAUGAAGGUGGCUUUGGACGUAUUAUUAUCUGUCUGAUUAUUCUAUUUGUUUUGGGAUUAUUGUUCAGUAAACAGGAAAGCGCAUUCUACAUUUAAACUGCCUUUGUUUGCCACAGCCAGGGAUGAAAGUCUUGCUUUUGCUCUGGCUCCAUCUGUAUUACCAGUUGAUAAUAAAAUUUAAAGGAUGUAAGUGAAA